AUGCUCAAACGAAGGGACCUAACUGAGAAUAAGAAAAGUGGUCUAGAUAAACUUGAUAAGUUCGGACAGAGAAGUUGUAGAAAAAGUAAGGAGGUUCAAAAUUUUCAGUUGAUAGAUGCUAAUGGAAAUGAUAACAAGAAAGAGGCCUUUGAAUACAAGCAGAGCACAAAUAUAAUAAAUAGAGAUUUGGACUUAGGGUUCAGGGUUCAAAAUAUUUUUAAAGAAAAUAAACGUAGUUAUAAUAACCUAAACGGAAAUAAGGAUGAUUAUAUUCCUUGUACAAGCCAGGAACAGUUUAACAUUGUUGAUCAAGAUAAAAAGUUGAGUUCUGAUGGUGUUCAUAUUUCUAAAAGGAGCAAAAGAAUGAUAGACGAUCGGGACAGUUCAAUUACAACAAAUGAUGUUUCUGAAGAUGAGGGUUUAAACAAAAUUCAAGGUGACCUCCAUGCGAAUCUCAAGGAGAAAUACUCCCAUAAUAACAAUUUGCUCUCUAUUGCUGACGUGGAAAUGCAAAAUGGAUCCAUAAGUAUCCGAAAAAGGAAAAUAAUUAAAAGAGAAAAUGAAAGAAGUGGUAGGGAUGGCAGUGGUAGAAGUGACAGUGAUGGAAGUGACAGUGAUGAGAACUACCAUGUGACGAGGGAUAGGCAGCAAAGUCGAACUGGUUGCAGAGACAGUAAGGCCCGUGAACGCACAAAGAAAGAAGAACAGAUUUUGGAUAUAAGUAAAAAUAUUUACAAUAUUUUGCAGUUAUUAAAGAUUCCACCAAAUGAUAUAUUAAAGAGGACAAGUAGAAGAUUUGCUGAAACAUUUUUAUACCUAACAAAUGGAUACAAUAUGAAUAUUGAGAAAAUAAUUAAAAAAUCAUUAUAUAAAAGAAAAUAUAAGAACAAUUCCUCAAUUAAGAUUACAGGAAUUCAUAUAUACUCUUUAUGUAAACAUCAUUUAUUGCCAUUUGAAGGUAUAUGUAACAUUGAAUAUAUGCCAAAUAAAUAUAUUAUGGGGUUAUCAAAAUUCUCAAGAAUAAUUGAUGUAUUUUCACGGAGAUUACAAUUACAGGAAGAUUUAACAAAUAGUAUUUGCGAUGCUUUAAAAAAAUAUUUGAAACCCAAAAAUAUUAAUGUAAAUAUUGUGGCCAAACAUUUGUGCAUUAACAUGCGUGGGGUGAAAGAACACGAUGCAACUACUAUCACAAAUGUGUAUUACGAAUUAAAAAAUAAUAAGUAUGUUAAGUGUGUGGAUAAACAUAACUGCGUUCCCAAUGGGCUGAAAGCUCCAUGUCGUGGUGACCACCAGCUAGUUCAAGAUGAAAUGGCGUUCAUGCAAAGUUGA